CACAGCUCAGAUGUUUGUCUGACUUUCAGUAAGUUCUCAGCUCCCCGUCCUGGAAGAAUCAUGAAGCGUGCCUGUGCGGUGUUUGUGUUGCUGUUUGCGAUGUCGGCUCCUGGUGCGACUCGGGGCGGCUCCCUUGAGCCAAGGUACAAGUCAGAGUUCACGUACGAUGAACAGCUUCUGGAGAAGAUGAUCCGAAUGGAGGCAGAAAUGGACAAAUGGGAGACACGGAUGAAUGAACAACUCGGACAGCUAAGGAGCCUACGGGAACACAUUGAUCACCUGAUGAAGACCGAGGACUCCCGUCUGGAGCUCAUACAGGAAUCCAGUAAUAACUUGACGGCACUGCAGUCGCGAACUGAUGGCCAACUACAGCAGCUUAUAGAGAAGUUUAAAAAAGAGGUCGGGAAAACACCGAAUAUCUUGUUCAAAGCGAGGCGAGUCAAGAACGUGACGCCUACUGAUGGACAAGUCAUCGUGUUCGAGGACGUUUUGUACAACCACGGUUCCGGGUACGACAGUUCCAGUGGCGUCUUCACUGCUCCUGUUGGAGGAACUUACUUGUUUACCGCUCGGCUGUUGUCCACGGAAGCUGGACCAGUGUUCUUCGAGAUCAACGUCAACGGAAACAUGAAUUCCAACGGGGCGCUGUUUGCUAACAAAGGAUGGAUCUACGCCUCUGCUGAUUCUGUGGUCCGUUUGCUACCUGGGGAACGAGUGUUUAUCAAAUCACUCUAUUCGAACAAGAUAUGCAAUACUGGGUUGCUAGGCGACCUUAACUCCAAAAGCAAUGAAUUCACCGGGGUACUACUGCACGUGUAA